AUGGAACGGCCAAUAAUUCUACGGAUCAAGGAUAUUUACUAUCCCGUGCUCGUAGCCAUUGGUACUCCUGUGAACCUUUUGACAAUAGUGACCCUCUGCAGAGGAAACUGCCACCUUUCCAUAAGUAUCUCCAUUCAUAUGGUGGCCAUGGCGGUAGUGGAUCUACUGGCCACACUCGUCUAUAGAAUUGCUCAUCAAAUUCUCAGGGAACGCUUUUCAUAUUCCUUCCUCUCCUGCACUGUAAUUUUCAAACUUAUGCUCUACAUGACUUGUACCAACGUUGGUUUGUCCAUGUCGUUUACAGUCUGCUUCACAUUUGACCGGUUUGUAGCUAUAUGUUGUGAGAAACUGAAAACCAGGUAUUGCACAGAGAGAACUGCGUUCAUCGUCAUCAUAAUUGUUUCUGUGCUAAUGUGUUUAGAGAACAUCCCUUUUUGGUUUGCAUUUGAACAUAAAAAAGUAAUUAACAAUAUUCAAUGGGGUUUCAGCCCCAAUGUGGCCUUUUUCAGAUCGCCUGUAGGCGGAGCCUAUUUCAGAUUACAAAGUGUUCUAGUUUCAUUGGUUCCUUUUGCAUUUAUAUUACUGUGUAAUUGUUUAACGGUCAGACGCAUUGUAGUAACCAAUACUGCCCGCAAGACACUCCGGACUCCCAGGACUGGGAAUCAGCGUGAUCCAGAGUUGGAGAACCGAAGGAAAUCCAUUAUUUUGCUGCUCGCCAUGUCGGCCAAUUUUAUAUUGUUGAGUCUGACAUCAGUGGUGAGUCAGUGGACUGAUGCCCUGGUCCUACGUAUCCAACCAGAAUAUGCAGAUGCUGCAUUUAUUGCCAAUGAGAGCGGAUAUAUGCUCACCCAGUUGAAGUCUUGUAUAAACACGUGCAUUUAUGCAGCGUCACAAAGGAAGUUCAGGGAAGAACUCAUUAAUGUUGUGAAAUCUCAAUGGAAAUUUAUUCUGUCGUUGGUUAAAAUAUGA